AUGACAGAAAUGGAGAAAAACUUCAAAACAAAAAAUGAAGUCAUCUUAGAAUCAACUGAUUUGGUAGCUUAUUACAGAUCAGUUAUCCAAAAAUUAUUGACGGAGAUGGAGGAGUUUGUUGCAAGGGGUUCAGGUUGGACGCUUGCUAGAAUCAAAAGUCUUGAGGUGAGGAUCAAUAAGUACACCCCACUGAGAGGAUCAUCCUACAUUGAUUUGUCAAAAGUGAUUAAAGCUAAAAAAGCAGUCAUAAACGUAAAAAAUGAGAAUGAUAAUGAGUGUUUUAAAUGGGCGAUACUGUCUGCACUACAUCCAGCAGAAAAAGAUGCCCAAAGAGUCACCAAAUAUAAGCCAUAUGAAAAUGAGCUAAAGUUCGAAGGCAUUGAAUACCCAGUAAAGAUGGAAGACAGAGUACUCGAAAGGUUCGAAAAAUUGAAUAACAUAUCAGUGAACAUAUACUCAUACGAUGAAAAGACUAACAUAUACCCCUUAAGAAUAACUAAGCAUAAAGUAGAUAAGCAUGUCAAUUUACUUUACAUAAGAAACGAGAAAGGGAACAGUCAUUACUGUUGGAUAAAAGACAUGUCCAAAUUAAUAUGUGGGCAAUUAACCAAGCAUAAUGGAAGAGUAUACCCAUGUGAAAGGUGCCUGUUAUUUUUUCACUCUGAGGAAGAUCUUCAAACGCAUGAAAAGGAUUGUAAGAAAAAUCAGGCUGUUAAAAUAGUAAUGCCUGAAAAAGAUUCAAAAUUAAAGUUCAAACAUUACCAUAAAUCGCUACGAGCACCUUUUGUAAUGUAUGCAGAUUUUGAAAGUUUAACAACUAAGAUAGAUACAUGUCAGCCAGAUCCCAAGAGCUCUUACAUGCAGAAGUACCAAAAACAUGAACCCAUGAGUUUCUCACUUUACAUUAAAUAUAAGCACGGAGACUACAAACCGCCUAUCACAUAUAGAGGUCCAAAUGCAACUAAAGUAUUUUACGAAACGUUGAAAGCUGAGGCCUUAGAGAUAAAGAAAAUUUAUGAUAAGAAGCACCCAAUCAAAAUUACUGAUGAAGAUGACAGGCAUUUCAAGAGAACCCAUAUAUGUCAUAUCUGCGGGUUUAACAUCAAAGAAGUACCAUCACCAUAUUCGCCGAAAGACUCUGAGGACUUCCAAAAAGUAAUGGAUCAUGACCAUUUACUCGAUCCAUCCAAACAUGAAUCAAACUAUAGAGGGCCAGCUCAUAAAUUAUGUAACUUAAUGUACCAAUACCCUUCCCUCAUUCCUGUCUUCAUUCACAACUUAUCUGGCAAAGAGGUUGGAGCGGAAUGGGUAGAUGCAGGUGAUGGUAAAAAGGUCAAGCUACCCGGAAUAAAGUUGAGGUUUCUGGAUUCUUUUAAGUUCAUGGCUAGCAGCAUUGAUAGUUUAGCCAAAAAUGUGAAAGAAUUCAGAGAAACAGCCAAAUUCUUUCCCAAGGACAAAUUGGACCUCGUUACCAGAAAAGGCGUGUAUCCGUAUGAUUAUAUGGACUCGUGGGAUAAAUGUGACGAAACACGACUACCCAACAAAAAAGAAUUUUACAACAAAAAAAUGACUGAGUCGGAUAUAUCACACGAGGACUAUGCACAUGCCAAAACAGUAUGGAAGACCUUCAACAUUAAAAAUUUAGGUGAGUAUUCUGAUUUGUAUGUGAAGACUGAUGUACUGAUCUUAGCUGAUAUUAUGGAACAUUUUAGAGAUGUCUGCAUAAGGACUUACAAAUUGGAUCCUGCAUGGUACUUCACUGCACCCGGUCUCUCUUGGGAUGCUAUGUUAAAAACCACUGGAAAGGAAUUAGAAUUAUUGACUGAUUAUAACAUGAUUUUAAUGUUAGAAAAAGGAACCAGAGGUGGGAUUUCUCAGUGUUGUAAUAGGUAUGGGAAAGCUAAUAAUAAAUAUAUGAAAGACUAUGACAGAAGUAAAGAAUCUAAUUAUUUAAUCUACCUAGAUGCCAAUAACUUGUAUGGAUGGGCAAUGAGCCAAUUUCUACCAUAUGGCGGCUUCAAGUGGGGGGAUACCGAUAUAGAUGUAACAGCGAUCCCCGACGAUUCAGAUGUGGGUUAUAUCUUAGAAUGCGACUUGGAAUAUCCUGAAUAUUUGCAUGAUCUCCAUUCAGACCUCCCACUAGGAGCUGAGAACAGAGUUCCUGAUGGCUCAAAACAUACAAAAUUACUAACAACCUUAUAUGACAAAGAUCAUUAUGUGGUUCAUUACAGGGGUUUGAAACAAUUUUUACAAAUGGGCUUAAAAUUGAAGAAAGUACACAGGGUAUUAGAGUAUAAGCAAGCACCUUGGCUGAAGACAUAUAUCGACUUGAACACUGAAAUGAGAACUAAAGCAACUAAUGACUUUGAAAAAGAUUUCUAUAAACUCAUGAACAACUCUGUGUUUGGUAAGACAAUGGAAAAUAUUAGAAAAAGGCUUGAUAUCAAACUGUGCUGUGUGAUGCGGAGAAAGCCGAAAAACUUAUUGCUAAACCAAAUUUUAAAGGAAGAACCAUAUUUGAAGAAAAUUUAG